AGUUGAGAAAACAUGCCGAAAUCAUUUACUAUUAAGAAUAUACUGCUAGAAGACGAUUGCGACAAUGGAGAUACAUCAAAGCAAAAGUCUUCGGGACAAAAAGGAGAAGAGAAAAGUGUAUUUCAUCGGCCAUUUCUACCCGUUCCUCCCCCUCAAAUAGCCCUACCCCCUCCGCCUCCGGUUCCACCUAUCUUCCAGCAGCCUCUCUUUGCCACACCAUUUGUUCAACCUCAAAUUGAAACAGUAAAUGGAGGUUACGGAAUUAAAAAUCCACUUUUACAGUGCAGUCGUUCGUCGUUGGCCGAGCUAGGGGAGCAACAGGGAGACUCGUUCGUAUGCCGCGUUUGCCGUAAGAUUUUUCCCUUGCAGCGUCUUCUAAAUAGGCACCUCAAGUGCCAUUCGGAUGUCAAGCGUUACUUAUGCACCUUCUGCGUCAAGGGGUUUAAUGAUACGUUCGAUCUAAAACGACACACACGUACACAUACGGGAGUUAGACCGUAUAAAUGCGAUCAUUGUGACAAAGCCUUCACGCAACGUUGUUCGUUAGAGUCUCAUAAUAAAAAAGUCCAUGGUAUAAAUUUAUCAUUUGCCUACAAACAACGACGAGAUAAAGUUUAUGUAUGCGAAGAGUGUGGCCAUUCUACACGUAAACCGGAAAUUCAUUACGAACACGUUAAAAGCGCUCAUCCUCAAGCGUCCGUUCUCAUUCGAUCCUUGCAGAAGAAUUCAGCUCUGCUGGCAAGAUAAUAGAAGCAGAAUCAGCCAAAUGGGAAGUGGAAAUUUGAAUGUCAAGGAAGGUGAACGAUUGAAAGAUAUGAGGUAAAGAAGGGAAGAAGAAAGAGAAGAGGAAGAAAAACAAUUGACAUAAACUUUUCAACUUUCCAAAGCAAAACAAAAGAGUAAAAAAUAAAUUUAUGAAAUCUGUUUAUUUUUAGUUUUUAUUCACAAUAAAUGAAUUCUCUAGUUGAAUUAUG